AUGGAUGUCCAAGCUACUCUCAAGACUCUGACCCUGCAAGAAAAGGUUAGGCUACUGUCUGGUACGCCAGAUGACUUUGUCUCAAUUGCAGGGAUCCCUGAGAAGGGCAUUGCACCACUCAAGACAGCCGAUUCAAUCAGCGGCAUACGCCCCAGUGAAUUCAACAGUGCACUCACAACAGCUUGCUUCCCCAACACAGCCUGCAUAGCCUCAUCAUGGAACACCGAGCUCUUGGAGAAGAUGGGCGCUGAGCUCACUCGUCAAGCAAAGAUCAAGCAUGCGCAGAUGAUCCUUGGGCCGACUAUCAAUAUCCAGAGAGAUCCUCGCGCCGGACGUAACUUUGAGUGCUUUAGUGAAGAUCCGCUGCUCUCGGGAUACAUGGCUGCGGCUAUUGUGAAUGGUAUCCAGAGUAAAGGCUAUGGAGCCUGUGCGAAGCAUUUCGUCUGCAAUGAUUCUGAGACCCAAAGGCGGUAUUGCAAUGUUGAUGAGUCGCCGGAUGGUAGGGCGCUGAGGGAGAUUUAUUUGGCUGCCUGGUCAUUUCUUUUGAAGAAGUCGAACCCUGAUGGCAUCAUGACAGCAUACAACAAAGUCAAUGGGGCUUUUUGUUGUGACAGCGAAACUCUUAUCCAGGACAUCCUCCGAAAGGAAUGGGGCUACAAAGGCAUCGUCAUGUCAGAUUGGUUCGGUACUCGCUCUACCGUAGCUGCCAUGAAAGCCGGCGUCGACGUUGAGAUGCCUGUACCUGUCUUCAGAGGCGAAAGGCUCAUCAAAGCUGUAACCUCUGGCGAGAUCAGCGAAGACGUGAUCGACGCCAGCGUGGUCAGGCUCCUCGAGUUACGUAACCGUACCCAGGCGGCACAGAGCGAGGGACCAGAGAAGUCGGAGAUCGUCCAGGAGACGAACGACAUCGCUCGUCAACUCGCCCAAGAAGGUAUAGUUCUUCUGAAGAAUGAGAACCAAACUCUUCCACUGCCAGCAUCCACUGGCUUAAGAGUUGGAGUCGUUGGUGAGUAUGCUAAGAAGGCUGUCUUCACUGGCGGUGGCAGUGCGUCAUGCAACCCUCAAUAUCGCCAGGUUCCACUCGAUCUGUUGCGGGAAGCGCUGCCAGAGGAGCAGAAGAUCUCACAUGCAAGUGGUGUUCGAAUGCGCCGCAUUAUUCCUACGGUACCUGUGGAGAUUGUCACGACGAAAGAGGGCAAGAAGGGCGUUGAGGUAGCUUACUACAACGCGGGUCAAGAUGAUCCUGUUCUCGUUGAGACGUUGGAGGACGCUGCUAUCAAUCUCAUGGCGCAGGGCAAGCCAGGACUGAAGACACCGGGCUCUCAUGUGAAGAUGACUACCAACCUUGUUCCGACGAGUACUGGAACUCACACGCUAGCGCUUCGCCACUCGGGGACUUUCAUCGUUGAAGUUGAUGGAGUCUGUGUGCUCAAAGGCGAUGCACCAGAUAUCACAACCGAGCAGUUCCUCUUCAACCUGAUCAAACUUGAGUCUAGAGUCCAGUUGCCGAUGGAAGCAGGAAAGUCGUACCACAUCUCAGUCACCAUGCAAUCGAGAGAACCUGUCAUUGGAGAGCCUACUCCAUAUGGCCUAACCCUGGCCUUUGAGGAAGAAUACUCUGAAGAGGAAGCUAUAUCCGAAGCCGUCGAAAUCGCAAAGUCAUCUGAUAUCACCAUCAUCUACGCCGGCCGCAGCGAACAGUACGAGUCUGAAGGAUUUGACCUAGAGGAGAUCACUCUCCCUGCCAACCAAGUCGCCAUGAUCAAGGCAGUCGCUGCUGCUUCCAAGAAGACAGCCGUUCUCCUACACUGUGGUAACCCGAUUGACAUCAGCAGUUUCGCUGAUGAUGUCGAUGCCGUUGUGAAUAUGCACUUUCCAGGCCAAGAAGGACCCCAGGCUAUGGUUGACAUCUUGACUGGAAAGGUGAACCCCAGUGGUCGGUUGACGGCGACUUGGUUCAAGACACUAGAAGACUGGCCUAGUUUUGGAAACUUCCCUGCUAAGAAGGACGAGUCUGGGGGCUUUACCAUCAAGUACGCUGAGGGCUUGGAGAUCGGAUAUCGAGCUCCGGUGCCUGAGAACCGAGUCCAGUUCCCCUUUGGCCAUGGCCUGUCUUACACCUCAUUCUCAUACGACCGUCUCAACGCUGAGUUGGAUGCUUCUUCAAAUCCUUCUACUCUCACAGUAAGCGUUAGUGUGACGAAUAAUGGCAGCGUUACUGGUAAAGAAGUGGUGCAGGUCUACAUCUGCGCUCCUAAGGAUGGAGCUGAUUGGAGGCCAUCCCGGGAGCUCAAGGGGUUUACCAAGGUUCAGCUUUCGCCGGGCGAGACCAGAGAAGUGUCCGUACAGAUCGAGGUAGACACUUUCAACAGUCAUUGGAGUGAGGGUUCGCAUGCUUGGGUGGUAGACGCGGGCGAGUAUGGCGUGGAGGUUGCUGACCAACACGCCACUGUUGUAAUUUAG